AUGGAGGACGUUAUUCUGUCACAAAUCAUCGACCUGACUUUGGAUAAGAUCAUCAGUCUUCUCGAUAGACUGAAUAAACCCGAGGUCUCGGCGGUUAUUCAUGACAAAGCGUCGAGAAUAAACGUGGAGCGGGUCAUACGGACCGAAGAUGAUAUAGAGGGCUCCUCGUUUAGACGUUGGGUUGACAACUUUUCCACGGUAGCAUCUCUCGGCUCAAAUGCAACCGCCGACAAGCUCAAGCUUCACAUAAAAUGGGCUUCUCAAGCAAAGUGGGCGUUCUCCGAGCAGAUCGAGACACUUUUCUGUCCAGGAGGACAAGACCUGCCCUCCUGGAUCAACAACAUAUACAAAUUGGGUCGUUACUGGGUUGCUGCGAAAGUCAUGGUCAAACUCGCUGUCAAACAACCAUCACUAUUUACCUCGAUGCAUGUCAGCAUAAUCGAGACGCCUCCAUCGCAGUCAUUCACCCCCGGCGGCAACAAGAAGGCUUUGAGCGAUGUCUUGCAGAGGCUGACGGAACAAGAUGACACUCAAGACCUGAUUGCGCAGCUGGGAAAAGUCUGGCUGACGGAUGAUCCGGAAUCCCGCUUCAGAAAGGCGUGCCACCUCACGCUUACUGUUCACGCAGAGAUGCAGCUUCUGAGCUUUUAUGAUGACCACCCUGAACUUACUCCAAGAUUUUUGUUCAUGGGCACGAGCAAAAAGGCCUGUUUCCUCUGUCAUCAACUCAUGUCCCGCCACCCUCUCGACAUUGGCGUAUCAGCGUGUCACCAGAAGUUGUACCCGUCUUGGCAACCUGCUGAAUGCACCCAGUCCAAAGCCCGCAAGUCGCACAAGGUUCUGCUCUGGGAACUUAGUCGCUAUCUAGAGCAGAUAGUCGCCCGGGAUCUCCGAACACGGCUUGGCGUGCAGCGUCCAAGGACUUUGGAUUCUACGGCAGGUCCAUCUUUCCCGACUACGUCAAGCCUGCCGUCGACAUGGUGA